UCUUCAAGAUGGCGGACGACAACGGAUCAAAUGAGUCGCUAGAUCAAAUCAAGUCUCUGCGGGACGAAGGCGGCGGCAAAGAAUUCACAGAUCGCGAAGUAAAUGGAGUUAUCGAAGAGGAACCUCCAAAAGGAGGUAAUCAAUUGGUAUCGGGUAGCUCUAAAAAGAAGAAGAAAAAGAGGAAGGGAAAAAGCAAUGAAGGAAGUGAAACUGUGGUUGAGUCUCUGCCAAGUCCGGCAGUUAACCUGCAAAAUCUACGCGAGCUACAAAAGAGCUUCGAACGUUUGCGGGCUGUGGAAGUGAAAGCGCCCAAAACAACAGAAGAAGCUAUGAAGAAGAAGUAUCAGUUCUGGGACACUCAGCCGGUACCUAAACUAGAUGAAGAUAUCAUUGAAUGUGGAUGUAUUGAAGAGGACAAGGCUGCUGAACAACUGAGACAAGAACCUUAUACCCUCCCCCAGGGUUUUGUUUGGGAUACCUUGGAUAUCAGUGAUGCAAAAGUGCUCAAAGAGCUUUAUACCUUACUGAAUGAAAACUAUGUGGAAGAUGAUGACAACAUGUUUAGAUUUGACUAUUCUCCAGAUUUCCUUUUGUGGGCCCUUAAACCUCCUGGUUGGAAAAUGCCAUGGCACUGUGGUGUGCGCGUAGCAGGCAACAAUAAGCUUGUGGGUUUUAUUAGUGCCAUACCUGCACAAAUUAGGGUUUAUGAACAGAUUGUCUCUAUGGUUGAAAUUAACUUCCUGUGUGUCCAUAAGAAGCUCCGAUCCAAACGAGUUGCCCCAGUUUUGAUAAGAGAGAUCACAAGAAGGGUGAACUUGGAGGGGAUUUUUCAAGCUGUUUAUACUGCUGGUGUAGUUCUUCCCAAACCAGUUGCUUGCUGUCGCUACUGGCAUAGGUCCCUCAACCCUAAGAAACUGAUUGAGGUCAAGUUUUCCCAUCUCAGCCGUAACAUGACCAUGCAGAGGACUAUGAAACUUUACAGACUACCAGAAGAGACAAAACUAAAGGAAAUUUGUACUCUAAAAGAGCAGGAUGUGAGCUCUGCAUAUCAAAGUACAGUGAAGUACCUGAAGAAGUUCAGCUUAGCCCCAGAGUUCUCGGAGGAAGAAUUCAGACACUGGUUUACUCCUCGUGAAGGCAUCGUAGAUUCGUUUGUUGUCAAGAACGAACAAGGACAAGUCACCGACAUGAUCAGCUUCUACACUUUGCCGUCCACCGUGAUGCAUCAUCCAGCGCACAAACAGCUCAAGGCUGCGUACUCUUUCUACAAUGUGCCGCAAACUGUUCCCCUUGUUGAUCUGAUGCAGGAUGCGUUGAUUCUAGCCAAGCAGCGCGAGUUUGAUGUGUUCAAUGCUCUGGACCUUAUGGAGAACAAAGAAUUCCUGGAAAAGCUCAAGUUUGGUAUCGGUGAUGGUAACCUACAAUAUUAUCUGUACAACUGGAAAUGUCCGUACAUGGAGCCCACUAAGGUUGGACUUGUUCUGCAGUAAACAUCGGAAUGUUCUGGAUCAACAGAACAUCCUCUCUAGACCCUCUUGACAUUUAAACGAUAUAAUGGUAACAACAAAAAAGCUUGCGGAUGAGGAGACACACUGUAAGGAAAUACAUGACGCAGGAGCGUACUCGAUGAAGGCCACGACGCAAAGAAGCUAACUCAGAGUGAAUUUCCUAAAAAAAAAUUAACAACAAAACUGUAUUUAAAGCGCUUUAUCAAGCAUACUGCAAGCUGCAGACGUUAGAAAAAAAGUUUUUUUUUAAUGUGUAUGCGUUUUGUGGGUAUUGCUAAAUCGGCUUAAUGUCGGUAUCUGAACAACUGCGUACCUACCCACCCCUCCCCUAACCCAACAACCGUCAACUGAUAGCAACUGAGGAUUGAUGUUUGGUUAGGGGGAGGGGUAGGCGUGCAUUUGCUCAGAUAAUGAAACUAUUUUAAAGAUUUUUGUUAUCAGAUUUUAGGUAGUUUCGUUUAUACUUGUUCAGUGAUAAUGAAAGUACUGUAGAGAAUGCACCUUUUUCAAUGGAUGGAUUAGAUGGAAACUAGAUUGCGCCGCUUAUGGAAAGCAGAUGGUAUUAAUACACGAAAGCUAGUCUUACAAUGACCUUACAAGAAUUAGUUAGAAACGACUGGUAGGGAAUUGUACUUAAAAGGUUUGUACUUGUGAGCUUGAUUAGACAUUUACAAGAAAAAAAAAAACAAAAAAACAAACAUGACAGCUGACAAACGUAUGUCGUCAGUUGGCCAGUGUUGUGCAAGUCAAGGUUUUCAAAUCUUAGUGUCAAAUAAUAUCGGCAGUGUUAAGAACUUUCCGACUUCAUGAAAACGUAAUUGUCCUGCUAUGGGUGAUUGUAACCUUGCGUGACAUUGAGUCACCAGGUGUCACGCAGGGUGACAAACGCAACGUGGUUUGUAUUUCAAGUUGUAGAACCAGACUUAAGUUGAUAAUCACAAAAAAUGCCAUGGAGUAAGUUGAAAGUUUAUGAAGCUUCUUAACGGACAGUUUUGCAUGGGAAUCAAGGAAGUAAGAGCAGUAUUCUUCUUCUUGGACGUCAGAUUCUUGACUUGCCUCAUGCAUAUACUAUGGAAAUCUGGUUGCAACCAUCUUAUUUACUUCCUAUUUAAAAAGCAGUUUGAAAAAAGUAACGCUACUAGUAACGGAAUGUUUUAAUUGAUAGUAAA